AUGAGUGCUGCGCCGCUGCGCCGCCGCAAUCGCCCGUCUGCAGCAGCCAAGCCACCUUUGACCCCACCGCCGUCGCCGCUGCUGCCUCACGAUCUUCUGCCGUACUCACCGGACUCGGCCAAAACGCUGCCACUCCCGCCUCAGACCGCACCGCUAGUUCGCAAAGUUGCGUCGGUGCUUGGCUCGGCCCGUGCUGGCUCGCGGCCCAGCUCGGCUGUCGCACGCCGGCGACCUGCCACCGCGCUUGGCCUCAGGGCUGGCCGCGAUGCGCGGCUGCAGCUCGCGGCUGGCUCGCGGAGCGGACCGCCGGUCGACGUCGACAUCGAUGCAUUCCUCGACCUUCAUCGCCGAACUGCCAAGUCAUCGCGGGCGGCGCGGCGGAUCCAGCAGUGGUGGCGGGCCACUGUUCGCCGUCUCCAACUGGUAACCGCCAUCAACGAUCGCGUCGCCGCAACUGCAGCCUUCCUCCGCCCGGUCUUCUCGGCCUGGGUCCAGGCUGUUGUCUCGGAGCGGGCAAACCGGUUGCGGCUGAUGUCCAAAGCCUUUCGCGCCCUCGAGUUUCAAGUCGUCUACAACCGGCAGCGGUACAAGUGCACCGAGGUCUUUCUCGCCAUGCAGGCCUCGAAUCCGGUGUUCAAGCUUGCUGGCGUCUCCAUCGACUCGGGCUCGCGGGUCCACAGGGUCAUUGUCGCCUUUCGCGCCAUGAUCCAGCUCCGGACCACUCGCAACGUCAUCCAGCACUGGUACCAAUGGGUCCAGAUGCGUAAGCGCCGGGCUGCCGCCAUCCAGCACGCCAUGGUCCUCCUCCGCGACGCAUACUCGGUCAACUUUGCCGGCCUUACCUUUGUCAUGUGGUACCGCUACGCCCACAUGCGCGCCGCCGAGCGCGCUGGCGCUCCGCACCCCACCUUUGCCGAGCCUAUCCCCGAGUGGGACGCCUUUCUCGACCGCUACCACAAGCAGUCGGCUGCAGUCAUGCACGCCCUCACUGCCGCGUCCUCACUCCAUCUCCGCAGGGCCUUUUCCGCUUGGCACAGGCACACGGCCGCGGCCUCGGAGGCGCGCACCCGCCACGCCACAGCCGUCGCCUUCAACUCGCGCAAUCUGUGGUCCGCCGUCUGGCCGUAUUGGCGGGCCCACACCCUCGACUCGCGCGCGCGCCGCUGGAAACUCGGCCGCUGGUUCCACAAGCUCAAGGUCGAGAUGCGCCGCCGCACCGCCGGAGACGCCCUAACCCAUCGUCAUGCCCUCCUCCUCAAGCACGUGGCGUGGAAGCGGCUCAAGGCAUGGCUCCGCCACCGCAGGCUCGGACAUCUCGCCGCCCGCGCCUUGAUACUCGCCCCCACCGCCCCACGCGCUACCCUACUGUUUGCUGUGUACGCGCUGGGCGGGCCGCGUUUCGCGCCGCGCCUCACCCUCAUCAAGGUCUUCCGCGCCUGGGCCGCUGCUGCCCGCCGCGUCGUCCUCUUCAAUAAGUUUAAGGUUGCCCACGUGCUCGAGCGCCGUCGCUCGCUCACCGUCGCCUGCUUCUAUGCCCUCUCGCCGCUUGGCGCCGAUGCCGUCAUGUUUCUCGACGAGCUAACUCGAACAGCAACCUCGCGCGACGCCGUUGUCACCAUCUAUACCCGCCUCCUCGCCGGCGAGCCGCCCGAGCCUCCGGCGCUCGCCGCCCGUAUCGCCGCCGCUCCGCUGGCGGCCACAACGCCCGGCGCCGCCCCAGCAAACGUCAUCAAGAUCCUCCGCUGGCGCCGCGAGGUCAUCGCUGACGCCGCGCUUGGCUCGGAUCCCAUUCUGCUGCGCAAGCUCGCCGUCCUUGCCGUCGCCGCGAACAGCCCGUCGGGACCGUCGCUAGCCCGCGAGCGAGUGCCGCCCCGCGACCACUGGGAGACCUACGCUUGGGCCGCGGACGUGGCAGGCAUCGACAGCCUCGCUGCCCUCGAAGACGUCUGGGCAAAUGCCGUUGCCUCCGACAACUUGGUUCUCGCUGCCCGCGCCCAACUUCACGCCCGCGACACCAUGCUCCUCGCCGCGGCGCAAGUCCAUCUCGCGUCCAUGACGCUCGCCCAGGCUACGCCUUCCUCGGCCCGCUCGCCGUUUACCGCCUCAUUGGCUACCCCGGUUAUGGCCUCGUCGUUUUCGUUCUCCACGCAGCGGGCUGGCGACGCACUCGAUCCGGUUCCGGCCAUCGACGGCUUUGGCCUUGUCGCCACCUCCACCGCCCGUGAUCGCCAGCGGGCGAGUGCCCAGCGCCGGCAUCUCGGACGCGCCGGAGGAAGACUUUGA